AUGUUCGCCAACAUCUCUCAAUCUUGCAUUCACUACGACUGUCCUCACUACUUCCCUGGAGACAUCGUCACCGGAACAAUCGUUCUCCAUUUCGAGAAAGACCUGAGAGCUAGCCGCUUGAAAAUCUCGUGGAGAGGAGAUGUGCUGGCUACUCAUAUUCGUGGAGACAAUGGAGAGCAUCACAAGUCAUUUUCGUACUUCUCGGAUCAUACGAUUGCGUGGAGAGCAGAUAAUGGAUUGAACAAACUGCCCGCUGGUCACCACCGCUUCCCAUUUUCCUUCCAACUCCCCGAGAAGCUUUUACCAUCAUACUCUCCAAAACCACCAGCCACUGGAUAUGUCCGCUAUUUUGUCUCCGUGAAGAUUGUAAGACCAAUGAGAAUCAACUAUUUCGUCCGAAAGAACUUUUUGGUGGCAAAACAAUCGGAACUCCCGUCGUAUUCCAGCUUCGAUCGUAUGCCACCACCGAACUAUGAGGAGUGA